GCCCUAACGAUGGCCCCGACAUAACCUCUCAUCGACGACUGCCGAACGGGCGCGGAGGAAAGCGAAUUAAAUUAACGAGGGACUCGCGUAUAGGGACGAUUGUACGUUCAAGUUUUCCGCCUCUUCCUUUCUCAUCGACGCCCGAAUGGAUACGCAAACGAACGUCAACCUGCCAACGCGGCCGCAAAUGACGCUGCGAAACGUGAACUCGGGCAAUGCGUUCUACAUGCCUUUAACGUCGUUCGCAGAGAUGUGGUAUCAGAUAUUUCUCUGGGCCCUGUUCUCCUCGAUAUUCGUGCACACUAUCGCCGGCGCGAUCUGCUUCGCCACCCUGCGACAGCACAAAUACGGCAAAUUCUUUCCGCUGCUUAUCAUAAUAAUGGGCGUACUGUUGCCGCUGACGUCGGGCGUCGUCAGCUCGGCGGCGGUCGCCUUCGUGUACAGAGCGUCCGGCUAUCAAAUGCCGCCCUUGUACGCAUUGUUUUGGGGUAUCGGGCAGACCGUGGUACCGGUGUCCGUCGGAUUCACGCGAAUCUUAGCGACUUUGUAACCUGUCGUUACAGAAACUGCACUUGUGAUAUUUACGUGUACAUAUAAAAAUGGCGGUCAAGUUCUUUCUUUCUUUCUUUCUUUUUUUAAUUAUACAUAUGUACAUACAUAGGUAAGUCUAUUGUAGGCAUCCAAUUGCAUUGACGUUUAUUAGUGAACCGAACUGUAAAUACGGCAAAGAUUGUAAUGUACUGAGAAGAUAAGUAUUGCGAGAAUUUCGCGAUAAGAAACAAACGCAUUUAUCGAAUAUUGCAGUGAAAGCGUCACAAUUAUUACAUAUAUAUAUAUAUAUAGACAUAAAUUAGGUCACGG